UGGACAGUUGCCCUGACGCCUAGAUAAAUGACAUAGCGGUAUAACAACACCUAAGAUGGCAAAAUCACAGGUUCAAGCGCUUACCCUCCAGCCCUGUGAAAUGGACCCGCCAUAUGUUGCCUAUUACCGAUCACCUAGGCCUUCUUCUGCCACUGACUCUUAAGCUUGACCUCUUCUACCUAUUUUUCACUUUCCGGUAUUCGUUUAGAGUCCCCAAUCCGGUGGUGAUAACUUUAUCCAGCCAUGGUCAGCCGAGGUCAGGAACAGUGCUACCAAGCAACGUGCAGAGGUUUUACAUGACAGCACCCAAGUUCAAGCCGAUGUCUCCCGAUGGCCACGAAGAGGACAGUGGUUCCAGGCCCUUUUUGCCUUCCGUCUUGAGGAAUUUCAGCUGCUUCGAUUCCGAGGAACUACCAAGUCAACGUCCCAGCUGCCCUGUACUCCGCAGGCUUGUCGGCUCUGAGCACGGGGCAAUGACGUAACAAAGUUCGUGGAUUCGGCGAUUUGGCUCCGCUCUCGCCGGCGCCUUUUUUUCACUACCUGUCAUGACGUCAUUAACUGCCUCUCGUCGCUGCUUCUUGUCCAGCUCUCUUCGUUUCUGCCAUCGCCCGCAUUAUUGCGAGCAGCGCGCGAGACGGCAAGAUUUACUUUCGAACUGAAAUCUCAGGGGAUCUCCGGGAUUUAGUUAAGCCCCGAUAUUGGGGAGUGGUGAGCUGGGGACAUUGGCCGUAGUGGAACUAAGUUUUGGUCAUUUGGUAAAAGACCGCUCUGAGCAUUAUUCAAGCUUUUUUGGGCCAAUUUUUUUUUAGCACGGUUGCGC